UUUCAGGGUACCGUUAGUUCCUAAAUAACGGGUCACUUUUCUCGUGGCGAUAGUCGGUAGCUGGGUCAAGUACCACGUAGGCUGCACAGAAUGGCGCUACGGCGAGUAAUCUGUCUUCUGGUGCUACUGCCCGGGGUGAAUUCUGCCUCAUAUCAUUACUGCACUGAUUUCUCUGGUAAGAGGCAUGGCAUGGGCGAGGAGUGGGUGGAGGGCAGGAAGAUGUGCAUGUGCGUCUCUCCUGAGGAACUGUAUGGCGGGGAAGGUCCGCCGGUGACAGAGUAUUCUCCCCCUGAACCGUUCUGCAGAGACUUAGGUUGUGUGGAUCGCUAUACGGAUGAAUUUAAGCUGCCUGGUGAUCGUAUGUUUAACCACGCCUUGGGCACGAUCUGCCAUUGUGUAGAGGGAAGAGACCCGUACAUGAUGGACCUGGCCUUCCCUGACCUCUACCACUGGCAGUGUUCCGGGUCGCCAUAACAUCAUCCUUAUCCUGGACGUCACCGUUUGCUCGUUUACCGAAAUAUACAUCAAUGGAUAUAAGUACCCAGUCUUGUUAAUCGCGACAGGAAUAAAAAAAAAUAUUCAUAGUUGAAUGUUUAUAAUCACAUAAAUAAAGUGGUUCUCAAUGUGUUUUCAGUCA